GGUUGAAAAAGUGGAAACGUUGAUAGGAGGAAAAAAGCUUGGAAUUCAUUGUUGAAGCGAGUGGCGGCGGCGGAGGUAAACAUGUCCCACGUGGAGGCCUCCUGCACACUCCAAGCGGUCCCGGCCCUCAAACACUAUACGGGCAUCAACGUGUACAAGAGCCUACGCAAGCAUUCACCAGUACCCACGUCUAGGAAUAUUGAUCUGGUCAAAGGUGACCACCUCAAGAUGGAAGGAGUGUCUACCGGCGACCACAUGAACGGGUCUUCAGGAGCUUCACAGGGCGGGUCAUCAGGACGCUCAUCUCCCUCCGACCCCGCCCCCAACAAGAUGUUUGUCGGGGGCCUUUCAUGGCAGACAACCCCUGAGAAACUGCGGGAGUACUUUGGUUCCUACGGCACUGUGCGGGAUGUGCUCAUCAUGAAGGACCCUGUGACACAGCGGAGCCGUGGCUUUGGCUUCAUCACAUUUGGAGAUGCCAGCAGUGUGGAGAAGGUGAUCUCUGUCCCAAACCAUGUGCUGGAUGGCAAGAAGAUUGAUCCCAAGCAUGCCACCCCCAAGAACAAGGGUAAAACCAACCGCACUAAGAAGAUCUUUGUUGGAGGGGUGAGCCAGGAGACCAGUGCUGAGGAGGUCAAGGCUUACUUCUCUUCCUUUGGCAAGGUGGAGGAAGCCGUCAUGCUGAUGGACAACCAGACCAAGCGUCACCGUGGCUUUGGCUUUGUCACUUUUGAAUGUGAGGACGUGGUGGAGCGUGUCUGUGACAUCCAUUUCCACACCAUCAAGAACAAGAAAGUGGAAUGCAAGAAGGCCCAGCCUAAGGAGGCUGUCCAGGCUGCCUCACUCCUUUCAAAGAGGUUAAUAGUAGGCCAGAGUGGCCUGGCCAGCCCCAUAGUCACUGCUCAGUCAGCCCAUAUUCAAGCUGCUGCUGCUGCAGCUGCAGCUGCUCAGGCUGCUGCCUUAAGUGGCUAUGGCAAGCUGAUGGGUGGGGGCACAUACCCUCCACUGUCUGCCUACCGUUACACACCUUAUCCCCUCCCCUCCACUGCCCUCACAUCAGCUGGCAUCCCUACAGGUGGGGCUCCCCACACCACUGCCCUUCCCACAGGCCCCACUCUAUCUGCAGUUUCUGCUGCUCCCACCAUUGCCAACCAGGCAGCUGCCCUGUCCACCUCAGCCAACCAUUCUAUCCCCACACUGUCCACCCAUGCUGGGCUUACCACUCCUUACCAGGGAUACUCCCUCACCAAUGUGGACAUGAGCUCCUUCCAGGGAGUUGACUGGAAUGCCAUGUAUGGGGUGGGCAUGUAUGCCUAGUGGUGCUGUCUUGCCACGCUCAUCCCCCCUGCUUCCCCCUCACCCACAAUUCAGCUUGGUCUCCAGCUCAUUUUUCUCUGUUAGUAAACUUUCCCAGCACCACCCACCGCCCUCAUCCCCUCACCCAACACUGUGAGUCCAGCCUGCCCACCAGCGCCACUGUGAGUCUCAUUCUUUCCUCUUUCCUUUCCCUCUACUACUUGCACCAGAUAUUCUCAGCCUCAGGGAGUUGUGCAUAAUUUUAAGUUUGUUCUGUGUCCACACCUUCAGCCUCAAACUUUCCUUCCUAACUCCAAGGUGUUUUCCUCUCCUUUCUUCAGCUGUCCUGGCACUUUGAUGUGAGUGUCAAGUCUUAUCUCCCAUUUUGAUUCAAGUCUUCCCUUAUUUUCCCAGGUCUUCCUGUUCAGUUUUUGUCUUCCUCAUUUUAUCAAGUCUUCCCUCCAGAGCAUUAUUUCCAUGCCUUUGAUUCGUCUUCCUUCUCUUGGCCAGCCUUUACUUUUCCCACCUUUCCUCUGAUCUGCGUGAGCUCAUGUGUUUAGUGGUGUGCAUGGUGGUCCUGUCCCCCACUCUCCCCAGUCAGUGCGGUGAUACGAGUGAGUGCCAUAAAGGGAACCGAUCCUGGGCUGGGCUCAUAGUGGGAUACUAGAUCUCUGAUGACGGAAGAUGUACUUAGAUUAAUGUACAUCUCUCUCUCUUGGCAGUGCGCUGCCCAACACAUAGUCUUGUACUUAAGCCAAUUUUUCGCUUUUUUAUUAUUUUUUUUUUAUUUUUUAUUUAUUUUUUAUUUAUUUUAUUUUUUUUUAUUUAUUUUUGUUAGUCAAGUGUGCAUUUGUAGGGUGUAAGUGGAGAGGCUGGAGCAGCCUGGCCCAGGCCAAGAAAAACACACUUGGACCUGCUCAACCUGAACAAAGCAAGAUGUACAUAUUUGUGUAUGGAGAUCAGAUUUUUUGGCUGUCUCGGUAAUUUGUGGUCCCAAGUUCGGACCAAGGCUGCCCGGGCGAGUGGCCCUGUUCCAGGGACCCUCAGCCAAGGAGGGCAGCCUUUGUUUUGUUGGAUACAGCCAGACAUAAUUUUCUUGGAGCGAUUUUUGCAUGAAACUUGGGAUCAAGAAUUUUAAGUUGAGUUACUGUUAAGGUCACAAGAGCACGAGGGCCAGGGGGAGAGACAGCACCCACUGGCCCCCUUGCUGAGAGUCAGUGGAGUUAGUCCCCUGCUGGCUACAUUCCACUUUGGUCAGUUACUUUGGCUGCCUGGUCUGGUCGGUCGGGACUAGCUUACUAUAGCAAGUGUGUUUUAGUAAUAAGUGCGGAGCAAUACUCAGUGUGCGUUGCGUUCGUUUGCUUCUGAAGUCUUCUCUGUGAAACACAUAACACCUCAGUGGUACUUGAUGUGACCCACCCCAGCUGUGUACCUUGUUCCUCAACCCCACACCAGAGGUUUGUGUUGAUAUCAAGUUUAGUCAUCCACACAAUUCCAUCAUCCCUCACCAGACCCAUCUGCCACUGCCCCAUUUCCUCCCUUGUCCCCAUGCCACCACACGUCCCCGUCCCCUUACCCGCCACCCCUUCCACCACGCCCCCGCCCUACCAGCUUGCCUGCCUCAAGGUGUGCCAACAAGACUGCUCUCAGGCCUUUUUAGCGGGUGGGCCCUCUUUGGCACCACAUUGUGAAGGCUGCACAGCUCCUGGGCCCACACGCCUGGGCGGCCAUCAGUGGGUGGAGCGCUCACCUUGUCCUUCCAACAGUAAGUAUGUGAGCCGGGAGGAGCAGAGCCACCCCCACACCUUGGUCUCUGGCAUGCCAUGUAUCCAUUAAUAUCCUUCUAGGCCUGUCUAGGAAGUUCUGGUACAGUCGUAGGCAGCAUAACAACUUGAUAACUUUUAUUUUUGUUAUUUGCACCACAUUGGAA